GCUCGCAGGCUAAGGUUCCGGGGAGGCGGGGGCUCGCGGGGAGCCGGCGCGGAAGUGGCCGGCGGCCGCGCGCCCUGGUCCAGGCCUGCAGGCAUGUCGUCGGGGGACGAGGGGCCCGGCGGACAGAAAGGGGCCCCGGGAGCGGCCGCCACUCUCUGCGGCCUGUACCACGAGGCCGGGCAGCAGCUGAGGCGCCUGCAGGACCAGCUGGCCGCCCGAGACGCCCUCAUAGAGCGCCUCCGCGCCCGCCUGGCCGCGCUCGAGGGCGACGCGGCGCCGUCGCUCGUGGACGCACUGCUGGAGCAGGUGGCGCGCUUCCGGGAGCAGCUGCAGCAGCGGGAGGGUGGCGCCGUGGAGGCGGCGCUGCGCCAGGAGAUCGAGAGACUCUCUGAGCAGCUGGAGGAGAAGGAGCGAGAGGCCCAGCAGCGGGCGAGCCAGCCGGGCCACGCUCGCGAGCGGGAGGUGGCCCUGCUGCGCAGGCAGGUGGCGGAGCAGGAGCGGGCCCGGGCCGCCAGCGACGUGCUGUGCCGCUCCUUGGCCAGCGAGACCCACCAGCUGCGGAGGACUCUGGCCGCCACCGCCCACAUGUGUCAGCACCUGGCCAAGUGUCUGGAUGCGCGGCAGGGGGCCGUGGGGGAGCAGAGCCCGGAGCCAGGACGCGCAGGCAGGGAGGCCUCUGUCCAGGCUGCGAUUGAGAGGUUACGGGAAGAAAACCGACUGUUAAAGCAGAAGGUGACUCAUGUGGAGGACCUCAACGCCAAGUGGCAGCGCUACGACGCCAGCAGGGAGGAGUACGUGCGGGAGCUGCGGGCCCAGCUGCGGGGGCUGCCGGCCCCGGAGCCCGAGCUGGGGCUGAUGAGGAAGGAGAUCUCCCGGCUCAACCGGCAGCUGGAGGCGAGCAUCGGCGAGUGCGCCGGGGCGGCGCGGGAGCUGGCAGCGGCGCAGGAGCGAGCGCAGAUGCUGGAGCAGCAGAUCCUGGUGUACAAGGACGACUUCCUGUCGGAGAGGGCGGACCGGGAGCGGGCGCAGGGCCGGAUCCAGGAGCUGGAGGACCAGCUGGCCGCCCUGCAGCGCCAGGCGUCCCGCGGGCAGGACCCCCAGAAGCCAGGCUCCUGCCGGACUCACACAGGGGCCCAGCCCCCCAAGUACUCAGAGACCGAUGCCGUGGAGUUGCCGGCACCUGCCGGCCAGCGGCCCGGGACCGGGUCCCAGUGUCUGGCCGCCCCCGGAGAGGGCGGGCGCCCCGGCGGCGCAGCCCAGAGCGGCCAGGGGGAGCUCCAGUGCCCCCACUGCCUGCAGGGCUUCGGCGACGAGCAGGGCGAGGAGCUCCUGAGGCACGCGGCCGAGUGCUGCCUGUGAGCGCGGGCAGGCACAGGGUGGGGGGCGCCCUCAGCACGCGAGAUCCGGGCUGAGGGCGCUUCCGACCCCUCACCUCGGUCCUGCUCCAGCCGCGGACAGAGUGGGUCAGAGGGACCCGCGGCACCCGGGGUGGUGCGUGCUCGGGGGGGCCCGGCUCUGCUUCCGGCACAGAGUUCAAGGGGUCCGGCUGCGGCCGAGGUGACGGCCCCGCCCCCACUCUGCACCGGGGGCGCUGCAGCCUGCUGGGAAGGGGGCUGCCCGCGGGCGCCACACGCCGGCGCUGGGGGUGGGAGGGCCCCUCCAGGGGCGCAGAGUCCAGCGUGCGGCCGCCAGUCGCGGGCCCGGGCGGCCUCGGCGGGAGGAGCCGCUGUGUGCUCUGGGCACAGGGUGCUGCCGCGGCGCCGGUCACGCACCCCGGAGCUCAGGCACCCUCACUGCGUGUUCACGUGCUCAUGUAAUAAACGUGUUUGCUGCUGACUGCUGUGGGAAGGCGUGGUGGCCGGGCGCAGGGGCUCAGCCUCGUCCCCACUCAGGCGGGAGCCAGGCCAGGCGGGAUGAGGGGCGCGCCCACUGUGCCUCUUGCCUGGACCACCCUCGUGCCGUCUCCGUCUGGGCAGGUCCUCGAGGUGCAGUAGGGGUUCCUCUCCCCUAGGGAGCCCCCGCGCCCCCUCUCCGGGACUCCGCCCGGGGAGACCCGUCAGUGGGGUGGGGAGUGGCGUGGCAGGAAGCCCCAGCCUCACCGGCCUGACACACCGGGGCGGUUCGCGGACCCCGAGUGCUGCAGCGAGAGGACGGGGGCAUCCCACGCCAGGAGGGGGCCUGUAGCCCCUCGGCUGACCCCCGAAGUGGGCACGCUCGGGGGGACUGGCCGACCCUGGGCAGAGCAGGCCGGGAGCGGCAGGAGCUGGGCAGACGCUGCGGCAUCCCUUGCACGGUGACAGUUCAGAACUCGAGUCUCAGGGCCAGAGGGCCUGUGCGCGCACCCCAGGGUUCCCUCUGAAACCGGAAGGGCCCCCCUCGGAGUCCGGGCGACGUCCCGGGGCAGCACUGAACAGCCCUUCGCUGAAGGAGAGUGUGCGGGCUCCGGGAGCCACGACAGAGGCCGGCGCCCCUGACGCGGGCAGCAGUGCCCGGGGCCGGGCCUGGCCUGGCAGGGCCACCGGUCUGUACACAAAAUACAGCACGGAACACCGGAGGCAGAAGGAAGACACUUUCAGACACACACACAGUCAAAGCCCAGACCCAGGGGCCCGGACAGCAGGACGUGACCACAGGAAUGCUGCAGGCUGCAGGUGGAACACAGCCGGUGGGAGGGCAGUCAGGGCCGGGGACGGGGUGUCCACAGCGACAGCACGCCGGCCGGACCGCCACGAGCCUCCUGGGUGGUGGCAGGGAGCGUUUAGUAAACUCAGAUGACUGCGAGGUUUUCACCGACUUAACGUGGACUCUAAGGAGUGAAGAAAGCGUGUUAUGAUCUCUGGGGUAACCACUAAAAUGGUGCUGACAGUCUUUAAUUA